AGGACAGACCACAUUCAACUCCACAGCUGUACUUGACAUCAUUUGAUAAGAAAACAGAUAACAGAUACUGACCUACAUAACCAACCAACCACAGCAAGUGACAGCUCGCAGAGUCAUGGGCCUCUUUAAUAAUAUUAAGUUUUUUGUGCUGUGCCAUGGCAUGCUGCAACUUGCUCAGCUGUUGGUAUCUGGCUAUCUAAAAGGCUCCAUAUCAACCAUAGAGAGAAGAUAUGGUUUGUCUAGCCAAAAGUCUGGAGUACUGGCUUCUUUUAAUGAAGUGGGAAACACAGUUCUUAUUGUGUUUGUGAGCUUUUUUGGAAGCCGAGUACACAGACCUAGGUGCAUUGGGAUUGGAGCAAUUAUUGCAAGUAUGGCUGCAUUUCUCAUUGCGCUGCCCCACUUUUUUAGUGGAACGUAUGAAUUCACUGAUAAGAUAAGCAGUACCAUGGAGAAAGACUCUGGUCUUUGUAAGCCAGUGGGCAUUAAUCAGACAUCAUCCAACCAAACAUGCCUAAAAUAUGAGGGACAUGCCCACUAUGCAGUGUUUCCCAUCCUCCUUUUAGGCCAGCUAUUGCUUGGUAUUGGUGGGGUUCCUAUUCAGCCCUUUGGUAUUUCGUAUAUUGAUGAUUAUGCAAACAAGAAGAAUUCACCCUUCUAUCUCGGAAUACUUUUUGCAUUAACUGCGAUUGGACCAGCAUUUGGUUACCUAAUGUCAUCCUUCAUGCUUCGUUUAUAUGUUGACUUUAACACAAUGUCUUCAGACGAAAUUGUUCUGAAAAGAGGGGAUCCCAGAUGGGUCGGAGCUUGGUGGUUAGGUUUCCUUCUAGCUGGAACCUUCCUCUUCCUUACUUCCCUGCCAUAUUUGUUUUUCCCCAGAAGCAUGACAACACAAGAAAACUGUGAAGCCCCUGCAGAACCCAAAGUGGAGAAGCCAAUAGAAAAGAAGGAAGCUCCACAAGACACUAUGAGGGAACUUUCGCUUAUCCAGUUCCUCAAAAAAUUUCCACACAUUCUGUUAAGAACGCUGAGGAACCCCAUCUACCUUUUGGUGGUGCUGGCCCAGGUGAAUCUGUCAGCCAUGGUUGCUGGACUGGCCACAUUUAUGCCAAAAUUCAUUGAGAGACAGUUUUCACAAACAGCCUCAUUCUCCAACAUGAUGAUCGGUGGAUUGAGCAUCCCAUCAGCCAUGAUAGGAAUCAUGGCCGGAGGUAUGAUCUUGCGCAGAUUAAAUCUGUCAGUUAAGGGCUCUGCGAUCAUGUGCUUCGGAGCUGUGCUAAUGGCUCUCAUCUUUGCCAUGCCACUUCUUUUCCUUGGUUGUUCAACACAGAAGAUUGCUGGAAUCUACCCUGUCAAUUAUGGAAGCCUUAAAAACCAUGAGGCUUGCAACUUGACAUGUUCCUGUUCUGAUGAAGCCUUCAAACCUGUGUGUGGUUCUAAUGGCGUAGAGUUCCGCUCUCCCUGUCAUGCAGGCUGCGGGACUGUACUCAACUCAGAAAUGCAGAACUAUACAGACUGUGCUUGUGUGGGGUCUAAUGGUUCACCGAAUUAUGCUGUAGUUGGAAGCUGUGGGAAUGGCUGCUCUCAUCUUAUUAUCCCCUUCAUGGUUUUGUCCUCACUUACAUGUUUCCUGGCAUCUCUUUGUCAAACACCAUCAUUUAUGAUGAUCCUCAGGACUGUAAAACCCGAAGACAAAUCAUUUGCCCUGGGAAUCCAGUUCAUGCUCUUCCGAGUACUAGCAUUUCUCCCAGCACCUGUGCUUUAUGGAACUGCCAUUGACUCGACUUGUAUACUGUGGGGAAGUAAGUGUGGGAAGAAAACCUCUUGCAGUUACUACGACCUAGAUUUCUUCAGACAACGAUUCCUGGGACUGCAGACAUUUUUCGUGUUUGGUGGCCUGGUGUUUUUUUUCCUCUCCUUUUUAGUUUUGAGGAAAAUGGCUUCAUUCCAGCAGAAACCAGCAGAUCAAAUGAACAACAUAUCCCUAUGUGAGAAAGAACAGGAAAGAAAAGACUCUAAACAACAUUUGAUUAAGUUAGAUGAAAAAAAUGGCAAAUUAGGAGCUGUGUGAGUAUGAGGAGUGAAAAUGAGUUGGUGUCAAUUUAGCAUUAUUCCAACUGCAGAAAAAAGAAAGCUUUAAGUGUAUUGUGCUCGCUAUGCUUUCCAGUCCAUUCAGCAAUGUAAACUGUAGUUUUUGAGUGGGUACAUUUCAUGAGACAGAAACAAUCCUAAAUGUGAACAAGGAGCUGCUGUGAACAGCUGUUGUCUGUAUGUCAUAAUGAAACUAGUUAAAUACUUUAUCAAGAAUGUGGAAGUGCAGUAUAUGUACUUCAGUUGUUGCUGUUGUGCUAAUAACCAAAAUGACACACUGUGAAGUCAAUGUAGCCUUCUUUCUUUUUCAAAUCAUUUAUUGCAUUUAUAUAUUGUAACUAAAGGUGAGUAGGGUAAUCAAAAUGUUAUUUAAGUACCUUUUGAUUACCUUUAACUUAACAUAUAACAUCUUACCAACUAAACAAGUAUAACAUCUUUCAUGUAAAGUUACUAUCUAAGCUUCACAUAUACCAGCCAAUCAAAUUUCUUUUUAUUAUGUAUAUCCCCGGAACCCCAAAAGGACAAGGUUAUGCAGUAUUUUUAUUGUUUGACUCUAUUUGACUUUAUAAAUACAUCAGUCUAAUGAUGCAAAUUGAUACUUUGACAGAACUUUUACUGUUUGUAUCAUUGCAAUUAAGUUUAUGGCAGCUAAGUUAAGAGGUAAAAUUUGCAUCCAAUUGCAUAAAAUAUACUAAUAGUUGUGCAUAUUAUAAAAACAGGUAUGCUAUUUUUAAAUGACUAUUUUGGGAACAUAAAGUAUAAAUAAUUGUCUUUACAAAAAUAAAAUAACCAAAAAUAUACCUGCAAUUUAAAUGAAGUUUAUAAGGUAAAUGUAAAACUGUAUAAACAAAUACAUUCCUGCCCAUCUUUAUUUUUACAUCAAACUAGUUACAAAUGUUUAAAAGAUAGAGUAGGUGUGCAAUAUGGGGUUUAGAACUAAAUGAUUUUUUGUUGCUGAUCAUAAACAGGGCAUUGAUUAGUAACUCUGUUAAGAGGUGAUUUUUGGUAACUUUUAUGCAAAAUGCAUAUUCUUUGCUAAACAUGAGGAAAGUCUCACUAUUUUUGGUGAAAUGUGUUUUAUAUAUUGCAACUUUGUUAAUACUGUUUUAUUAAUGACAUACUAUGCUAACAAUUGAGUUUCUUCUUUUUGGUCUGGUAACUUUUUACACAUAUACAUUUUAGUGCAUGUGUAUUGUGUAGUCUUUGCAGUCUUUUGCUUAUCGAAACAAAUUUUUCUAAUCCUUAAAAAUUAGCUAAUGAACAUUUUUUCUUAACUGUGACAAGCACACCACAACAAAAUGUGAAAAAAUUUAUACUAAAUAUUAUUUGUCACGAGUUUACAAGAGAUUAUACUGUAAUGUCAUUAUUUGUCAUAUAUAAACAUUUUUAAAAGGCUAAACGUGUUAUUUUAGCCAAAAUGUUCUAUUAAGUAAAGUGUCCAGCAGCAAUGUUUGUGUACUGACUGAUGAUUGAUGUAUAAUCUUAAUGCUUUAAUCAAGCAUAAAAACACUGACAUACUCACCCAGUCACAGGGGGUUAAAAUAAUAUAAAUAAAGUUUAAAUAAUUAUCAUCAGUAUAUUAAGCUUUAGUAGAGGACAUAUGAACCUUGUUGGGAAGCUAAAAGUAAAUGAGCCAUUCUGUAAUAGUCACUGUUUCUCAUGUAAGUGGGUUUGUAUUGUAUUGUGUAUUUUCAUUUAUAUGCCAAUGUUGUUACAUGUAUCUUGUAAGAAACUUUUUAUACAAAAAUAAAUGUUGUGAAAAUCUU